UGUCGGCUCCAUGUAGCUGGGGCCCGGGGGAGGGAGGGGGGAUCGAGCCGGAGUCGCCGCCGCAGACCAGGCCGCCGAGGCCCGGGAGUCCCCGCUAUGGAGGCCAACUGGACCGCGUUCCUCUUCCAGGCACAUGAAGCCUCACAUCACCAACAGCAGGCAGCACAGAACAGUUUGCUGCCCCUCCUGAGCUCCGCUGUUGAGCCACCUGAUCAGAAGCCGAUUCUACCCUUACCAAUAACCCAGAAACCUCAGCCUGCACCAGAAACAUUAAAGGAUGCUAUUGUUGGGAUUAAAAAGGAAAAACCUAAAACCUCCUUUGUAUGCACCUACUGCAGCAAAGCUUUCAGGGACAGCUACCAUUUGAGGCGCCAUGAGUCCUGCCACACAGGGAUAAAGUUAGUGUCACGGCCAAAGAAAACUCCCACCACAAUGGUGCCCCUAAUCUCAACUAUUGCUGGCGACAACAGCCGAACUUCAUUGGUUUCAACUAUCGCAGGCAUCCUGUCAACGGUCACUACAUCUUCCUCUGCCACCAACCCCAGCAGUAGUGCUGGUGCAACAGCCAUGGCUGUGACUCAGACGGUGAAGAAGCCCAGCAAGCCUGUUAAGAAGAACCAUGCUUGUGAGAUGUGUGGAAAAGCCUUCCGGGAUGUGUACCACCUCAACCGGCAUAAGCUAUCCCACUCAGAUGAAAAACCUUUUGAAUGUCCAAUUUGUAAUCAGCGCUUCAAGAGGAAGGACCGCAUGACCUAUCACGUGAGGUCUCAUGAAGGUGGCAUCACCAAACCAUACACCUGUGGUGUUUGUGGAAAAGGCUUCUCGAGGUACCAUGUAGAAAAUCCCAGGCGAGCUCAAGUAUUGGCUUUUCGUAAUCAAGAAGGGUUAAACUAUCAUAGCAAGGGGCUAGGAGAACCAGACAUCUUAGAAGAUUGGCCUGAUCACUUAAGCUGUCAUGUCAAACACGUUCACUCGACAGAGAGACCCUUCAAAUGCCAAACAUGCACUGCUGCCUUUGCCACCAAAGACAGACUGCGGACACACAUGGUGCGCCAUGAAGGAAAGGUAUCGUGUAAUAUCUGUGGUAAACUUCUGAGUGCAGCGUAUAUCACCAGCCACUUAAAGACACAUGGGCAGAGCCAAAGUAUCAACUGUAAUACCUGUAAACAAGGCAUCAGUAAAACAUGCAUGAGUGAGGAGACCAGCAACCAGAAGCAGCAGCAGCAGCAACAACAACAACAACAUGUAACAAACUGGCCUGGAAAGCAGGUAGAGACACUGAGAUUAUGGGAAGAAGCGGUCAAAGCAAGGAAGAAAGAAUGUCAAUUCACCUUUGAGAAGGCUAUAGAGUACGUACCAUUCGAAGCUGCUAACUUGUGCCAAACCUCCACUGCUGCUACUACGCCUGUGACUCUUACUACUCCAUUCAAUAUAACGUCCUCUGUGGCUUCUGGGACGAUCACAAACCCAGUCACAGUGGCAGCUGCAAUGAGCAUGAGAAGUCCAGUAAAUGUAUCAAGUGCAGUUAAUAUAUCCAGUCCGAUGAACCUAGGGCAUCCUGUAACUAUAACAAGUCCAUUAUCCAUGACAUCUCCAUUAACACUCACAACACCGGUCAAUUUACCUACCCCAGUAACUGCUCCAGUGAAUAUAGCGCAUCCAGUCACUAUAACAUCUCCUAUGAAUCUCCAAACACCAAUGACGUUAGCAGGUCCAUUAAAUAUAGCAAUGAGACCGGUAGAGAGCAUGCCUUUUCUGCCUCAAGCCUUGCCCACGUCUCCUCCUUGGUAAAGAAUCUGUAAACAGUAUUAAAGGGGAUUAAAACUGAAUCCUUACCAGCAGGUUUUUUAGUUGUUAAUAAUAAUAAUAAUAAUUAAUAAUAAUAAUGUUAAUAAUGUAAUAAUAAAGUCAAACUAAAUAACUGGCUUAAUGUGCACCAGUUAAAGACCCUAAUAGCAUCUUUCCCUGUUGAUUUGGCUCAUCGUGUUCAAACUAGAGUUUGUAAUUUAUCACUUUGUUUUAAGCAAGUUUUACCGUUAGCUGACGAUGAUGAUGUUGAAAUAGGACAGAUGGUUACUUGCCACAGUUUAAAAACCAGUCAUUAAAAAUCAGCAUUACUGUUUUAUCCCAGAAAUUAUAAACUAGGAAAUGAUUUUAAUCCAAACACUAGCAAAGACCCCUCCAUAUGCUUGACAGGGUGGAUGGCUAAUUUUAACUUGCCAGUUCUAAAUCCACUGAUUCAGAGCUAGUGUAGUAUCUUUGUCUGUGUUAAUGUUUUUUUUUUAUGAGUAAAUGCAUUACAAUGUUGUCAUUUUUUAAUGCAUUUUGGAGAAAAUAUGCAUUUUACCUUUGGGAAUAUGGUAAUUUCAGGCAGCAUUCCCUAUGGGAAAGGUGAUACCAGCUCUGAUAUGCAAAGCAUAUGAUAACUUAUCAUUCUAACUUCAACAUAUAAUAGGGAUUGUGACCUGAUAUUUGGAGAUGUAAAUAUUA